UGAACAAUUUCGACGGAGGUUGGCCGGGCGACGGUGUAGGAAGCCGCGGCACGUCCUUUCCCUUUGUGAGUCUCCGCCAGCGCCGGAGCACCGGCCUCAUCCGUAUUUUGGAUCCAGCUCCUGUCGUUCACCUGUGAAGCAACCUGCGGGCCGGCGGCGCGCUCUAAAUCUCCACCUACCACAAAUAUAUCUUCAGUUUUAACUGCAGUUUCUUCCUUUCGACUGAACUACUUUUGGCCGCAGAUAUACCUGUUUUGUCUUUCCACAUUAACAUUUACUUUGCGCUGCUUCAUACUGCAUUACAACCUUCGCGCAAUUCUGCUGUCUUGCGGAGUUCGUUGUGUUUAUUGUUUCGAUCUCAUGAGUAGAGCUGAAGGCAAAUGAAGCUACAAAAUGUCCUAUCCCAGUAAAGUUCCAAGAAAUUCUGAUGGAAGCCAUUCUUCGAAUAACCCACAUCGAGAGAGAAGACCCAGGGACAGGCCCCAUCCUGAAAAUAGCCAUUCUGGUAGACGUAGCAGGGAAGACCCAAGAGACAAUCACCAAAGCAAACCUUCAAGAGAGCCAUAUCCUUCCAGUAAAAGACAUUCACGAGAUUCAGUGGAAGAAACGUACUCCAGACCACCAACUACAAGAGGAACACCAUCUCAACCAGACAGUAUACCGUCUUCUUCAGCACCUCCCUUUUAUAGUGCUGUUUCACAAGCUAACUCUCCACCCAAAGAGUCCUUUGGGACAAAGUGCUCAUAUUUAUGCUCCAGAAGAGGUGUCUUGCAGUUUUCUGAAAUUACAACCAAUCUCAUGGUCCUGAUCUGCGUGGCUGCGUCCCAGGCGGCGAUAUCUGGAUACACAUCAAUGGGAGGUCUUGGGAUAGGCUCUUUUAGCAUCGAUUCAGCGUACAGCCCUUUCCAAGGAACAGAGCUGAAGCAAAUCCGGGAACUUGAUAUGCAGUUUAAUCAAAUGAGAACCCCUGGUGUGUAUGGAGGGGUGACGGUCAGCAUUGUCCUCGGCUGUCUGACAAUUCUUUUUCUGGUCGGUGGGGGUAAACCUCUUCACCGCAUUUCUCCGAAACUUCUCAUGGCUGAAUUUGCAUUCAACAUCAUUGCGUGCAUCGGGUAUAUAGUGGGUGUUGGACUUUACCUCCAUCUCAUGAUUACAGUGAACAGCACUGAGGUUUGUAGAUUACGACACCGUUUGUAUGCAGGCCGCGGUUACACCUUCAUGAAUUGUGACAUUCAGGGAGGAGAUGCCGCAGUUGCAUUAUUCGGCUUAAUUUCUGCUUGCUUGUAUUGUGGAAGUGCAGUUCUGAGUUUCCUGACAUUGAGAUCGUUGAAGAAAAUUUUGAGAAAUAUGCACCUUAACAAUUCAGUUCAAAAUUACUUGGAGGAAGAUGAAUAUAAAAACCAAGCAGGUCACCAGGAAGUUAAACCUAAUCACAACCUGUCAACGCUUGUGUGAGGUAGCUGCCCCACAUUAAAUACAUCUUGAUUCCUGAAAGCAAAAUGCUGCAGAUUCUGGAAAUCUAAUGUAAUACCAGAAAUACUAAAAAGUCUUUAUUUUAUAUCCCCAUUGUGGUGAAUGUGUACGAUCUUGAUGUAUAUUUAACCUAUCUCCUUUUAAAGUUUACCUUUAAGAGUUUAGGAGAUAUCUAGCAACAUGAUUAAUCAGUAUUUCGAUUAAGAUAAUGAACUAGUAGAUUCUGGGCAGAAAAUUUUUAGUGUUAGUGAGCAAAUACUAACUUCUGCUGCAGUAUGUUUUAUAUAUUGGCAAUAUUCAUAUGCUGUGGAAGUUACAAUGUUCUUCUCAAUAUAUCAGUGAAUCUGAAUAUUACUUAUUGGAUGGUUAUGAAUGCUAGCCAUCAAUCAUUGUGUGAUGUAACUGAAAUUUUUUUAAUAAUGUCUUUCAUUCUCUACAAGGCAUAGAUAUAAUAAAAUCUUCUAUUUAAAGUCAGUGUUUAAAUUGCUGCGGUUCCACUCUUUUUGGUCAAAAUGCUUUUCAUUUUCAGUUUUUCUAUCCUAAUA